AUGAGAGUUUGUUCAAAGCAUUUUGAAGAGUCUGAUUUUCAUACACAAAGUAAGGAGCUGAGACACGCAGAUUUGUGUUUGAGACCGAGAAAAACUAACUUGAGACGCCGAAAUUUGAAAAGAAAUGCAGUCCCAACAAAAAACCUCCCUACAGGUACUCAUGAGAACAUAAAGAAGAAAGAAAGACGGAAUUUAACUAGAUAUGAUCCUGUACAACAACCAAUUUUGAAAUCUGACUGUGAAGUAAUGACACAAAAUCAAGAUGAAAAUGAACUUCAUGCUCAGGAAAUGAUUCACAGGCCUGAUGAAUUGUUGGCUGCUGAAGCUCUAUGUGCUUUUAUCAAUAAGGACAAUUUGUGACAAUAUUACUACAACAAUAAAUGACUGAUUUCAAUAAAUCAAAAGCUUAACAGCUUGACAGGGUUGAAUUCUUUCGAAAUGCUGAAAACUAUUGAAAUUUUAGUAUUAAGAAUAAAAAGAGAAAAUUUUGUUUCAUCCCUCAAUAUUAGG